AUGUUUGAUGUUCUCAAAAAGAUUCACUGGUUACCCCGAGUGGAGAUCCAGACAGUAAGGGAACCAGUAUUGUGUGAUAAUGAUUGCCCUUGGCUUGAACUAAGUGAAAUUAUUCCAGGUUUGUUCCUAACGUGUGAGGAAACCAUAUCUAAUCUGAUGGAGGCACAAGAGAAGAGGGUGGCCCUCAUUUUGGCCCUUAAUGGAGAAGAGCACGCGGCACCAUAUCGAUUAUAUGAGUAUUCGGCCGAAUAUGAAAGGUACAUUUAUACCAGGGUGUCAUCGUUUGGCAGUUUCGUUUCUCUGCUUGAUGACUAUACAUCUAGAGAUAUACCUGAAGAUGCUCACUUGCGAAAGAUAUUUGUUCGCACCAUUGCUGCAGAAGACGAAGCAUCAUAUGACAUUAGCCGUCAUUUCUCUGAGUUGUGCAUGCUUAUUGAACUGGUCCAGAUAAAACGAAAAGGUACACGGAAUGACUCUGUGUGUUGUCCAGCUGUAGCUGUUCACUGUCUGGUUGGUGUGAGUCGCUCCGUUGCUGUGGUUGUGGCCUACGUGAUGAAACGAGGUGGAUACUCUAAAAGUGAUGCGCUCGCCAUUGUCAAAAGAGUCCGUCCCAUAGCGAAUCCUAAUGUCGGCUUUCAGGAACAGCUUUCUCAGUGGGAGAGGGGUGGGUAUUAUCGUGUUGUCGAUAGCCUUACCGCUUCAAUCGUUGCCAACGAGUUGCGUGAAGAUCAUGAGUUUCAUACUUUUGUUGAGAAACAGCUCCCGCUGAUAAUUCGUGUGGGAAGGUUGACAUUCGAUAGGGAGUUUUUCGGCCUUGUUUUAUCGGACGCAGGAGUCGACGAGGAAACCCUUCGCUCUGCACUCGCAAAAGCUUCUGAUUACAUCAUUUCUUCUAUAUCUGAUGAAGUAUAUGUUGAUGUACCCAGGUUUUUUGAUAAUGUUUGCGAAACUAUAUUCAGCUUGAUUUGCCACGCGCCAACCACUCUAAACUACCUUACUGGAACGAUAGAUGAUUGCUUUGAAGAUGUUUUUUAUGAGAAGAUGAUCAAAAGUCUCAGCAUCUCUGGAAUCGCUGCGUAUCCAUCAGAUGUAGUAAAGGCAUUUUGUUCACUUUUGGAGGCCAUUGGAUCAAAACAUUUGUCAAGAGUCUCAGAAAAACGACCUCGAUUUAUUAAAUCUGGAGGAGAAAUGGUUGGGGUUUCUCCGGAGGAAUUAGCCCUAACAUUUCCUUUUCUUCCGUUUUUGGCCCCUUAUGCUACCGGAUUCGUUCAUGAGAAGGAGCUGGUGCGGCUUGGAGAGAAGCCGACAACAGAAGAAAUUGAGAAACUACACUGGGAUUUGCUGGCUACUUUUCGUGAAAAUUUCUUGUUGACUGCUUCUGGGGCAGAUGCAUGUGCCGGGAGCACCUUCGCUGUUAGUCGUUGGCAUGCAGGUUCACGUUUUCGUUACCUCGAGUUCGACAUGGAGGUGCAAAUACUUGAAUCUGUGGAAAAGGGUUCUAGUUUGUCAGUGGCAGUAAGCCGCUACUUGGACUUUGACGAUCUUGAUCCGGAUGUUUCUUUGGCUUGGUUACGCAAACUAACAGGGGCAGUUAUAGGGGUGCGUCUUUUUUACGAUUCUGCUGAUCACUACUUUUUUCAGCACUACGAGGAUAUGCUUUUUCCCACCGCAGUGCAUCCUAUUGCAGAGCAGCUAGUUCCUUGGGGAGAAAUACACGGUAUAUUGCAGCGUGCAGAUGCUGUAUAUGCGCAAAAGUGUGGGAACUCUCCUGAUCUUUUGGGGUGGAUGAAGAAGGAACUGGACCAACUGAUUUCAAGUGGUAUGGUUGUGAUUCCGGACUCCUAG